AUGAGCAAUCGUCCACCACCUCUACCACCUCGACCAAACAAUGGCCACACUGCGUCGCAACAGCGCCCUUCACCCAGCAGUGCUAAAGUCCGAAAUCCUACUGCCUCCCGCUUCCAUAGGCCUGCCAGGCCGCCGACAAACAUCCCGGCUUCGCAGGCCAGCGAGUACAUCUACCACGACAAAUGUACAGGCCGUACCGCCAGCUCCAUUUUCUGGUUCAGAAGUAGUGUCGCGCCCAACUUCCUUGUCUGCGCUACUUGCUUCGAGAAUCACAUCCGUUACACGCCCCUAGCUGCGUCGUUCACUGGCAAGCUGGAAACGCUUGCAGAGAAUGGAGUCUGUAUGUUCGAUGAACCCCGCGUUCGGGAUACCCUGUGGCCGCCAAGUAAGCGAACAAACAAUUUAGCUAGAAUUCACGCGUAUAUGAUAGCGCGCAGCAAUUUACCGCGGUGUAGAGGGAUGGCUGGCUUGAACGGUGCCGAGGCUCGAGCGGUCGGUAUGAAAUGGUACACAUUCGGGCAGGAAGCAAUACCCCAUUUCCUUGCCUGUCAAGCAUGUGUAGAAGAACAUGUCGUGGAUACAAGAUUCCAGAAUAUGUUUGUUCCCAAAGCGACAGUGCAGGGUGAUGCGGAUCAAUGGGCCUGCGAUCUCAUCAUGCCGUACGUCCAGCGUCUCGUCAGCUGGGCAUCUCAAUCCGGAGACUGGUCUACCAUGUUGGAAGGCAUUAAACGCCGACUGUCUAUUCUUCCAUGUCCAUCCCAUAGCCCUGCCAAAGCCAAAACUAGGACGUGGCACCGUCCCACAGCCUGGCCGCACGCAUCAGUCUGCGACCAGUGCUAUCUCGAUCAUGUGGCGUUGACAGUCAUCGACGAAGAGUUCAGUCCACAGCCGGUACCUCCCGGCGCAGGCGAGACCGAAUGGACUUGUGACCUGGCAAGUCUAGCAGCUCAAGAGGUCUGCGAUAUAGCAGUGGCCCGCAAAGACACCGCUCUUGUCCACCGAUUCUUCAAUGUCCUCACGACACACCCACCUUGCACGCCCCAUGGUAUCGUUGGAGGCAAGUGGUAUACCUUGAAAGGCGGAUGUCCGAAUUUCGAAAUCUGCGCAAUCUGCUACACUGGAAUCAUCGAAAUAUAUUAUCUGGAUGACGAAUUCGAGUGCCGGACUGGCAUUCAACCAGAAACGAUGUGGGCAUGUGACUUUUGUAUCGGCAUGCCUCGAGCCAUUUCGUAUCUGCAAAAGUUUGCAGAAACGCUCGUGUUGCCACGCUUUGACAUCUUCACCUCGUAUGUUCGUCGCACAGCCCAUAUCACGCCAUGCCAGGGCAAGGCUCGUGUGAGGAACGCGGCAUGGUGGAAACUCAAUGGUACCGAAAACUUCGCUGUUUGCGAAGAUUGCUAUGAGAAUGUGGUUCGUGAUACAAACUGCAGCGACUUGUUUACCAUGGUUGGAGUCGUUGAGGGGGGAGUAUUGUGCUGCUUGUACUCUGCCAACAUGCGGCGACGCUACAAUACUCUCUGUGCUUCCAGUUCACCCAGCACACGCGCUGACUUUGUGGCAUAUGCAAACCAUCGUCAAUCUGUCUACGCACAAACUGUGCCUAUGAUAGAGCGCUAUUAUAACGAAGCACAAAUCAAGCUGUUGCAGCAAAAGAUGCACAAUUCGACCAGCUCGUUCUAUCAGACGCUGGAUAGGAAUGUUGGAAACUCAGUCAUUGAAUUUGGGCCAGUCAGCACGUACAAGACGGUGUGGGAAAGCUCGGCGACAGGGAAUCGAUAUAAUACGGCGUUUGGAAUCGAUGCGGAGAAUUAUGCGGCAAAGGGUAGGGCGGCUGCACAGGGUGUUCAUAAUGACACAGCUCGGAUUAGAAUGCUGGAGAGCGCUUGGAGAGAGGUAGAGUAG